AUGAGUACCUGCGCCCAAUGCUGGUCCAUGUUCGUGCACGACAACGCUCUUUCCAUGCUAAAGCAGACUGUCGUGAUCUUCCGAGACCAGUCCUUGAUGGACAAGACGGCGCUGGAAGGCUGCUUAAUGUGCCGGCACUUGCUGGGUAUAGAUGACCCUGCCAUCCAGUGGAAGCCACUUGACGACCUGUUGGUAGAGUUUGCACUGAAUGAAGCCAGACAUAGGCCAGGCCAAAAGGUAACGAUCUCACGAACCUCCCUAUGGUCUCAGAUGUCGAGCACUGCCCUCUCCACUGCGCGAGACUUGGUGUUUCGGUUACGAUGGGCUUCCAACCGAGGUACAACAGCCAAACAUCUCCUAGGAGAAGCUUCUAAAGGCCUAGGUGAAGCCAGGUCAAACUACAGGAUUACCCUAUCGUUGAGUGGGUCUUCUCUCAAUUUGCAACGCUACACUCUGGAAAGAGGUAUGUUCUGGGAACCGCAAGGCAUGGGAGUGAUCCUCGAAGUCAGCGUCUUAUCAGGUAAGUACAGAGUCCGCUUUUAUAAUGGCGCUAUACGUGAAGUGACCGUGAAUGUGGUAGGGGACCCGGCGACAGCGCUUACCGAAAAGCUAACUCCUUGCAACGAUUUCGAGUCCACGUCCUUGUGGAGGGAGGCCUCUCGGUGGAUCGAGGAAUGUCGCCAGAACCACGCACGCUGCAACUCGAACAACGUCAACAUUCCGGAAGGACACCCGUGCAGAAUCUUAGAUCUUUCCUCCACGCAACAGGGCUAUAUACGUCUAACCAAGAUAAAGAGUCCCUACCCCCGCUACGUGGCCUUGUCUUAUUGCUGGGGAGGACCGCAGAAUUACGGCCUUUCCACCUAUAACGUGGAUGCGUACCAUCGAAAGAUCUCUAUGCACUGCCUAGGGAGGACCAUCCAAGAUGCAGUGACCGCUUGUCUCCGACUCGGGUAUCAUUUCCUGUGGGUAGACUCUCUAUGCAUUAUUCAGGAUUCCGAUGAGGACCGAGCGAACGAGCUGGGGAGGAUGGCCGCCAUUUAUGCUAACGCGGAUAUCACGCUUUCAGCUGCCCUAUCCCGUUCAUACGAUACCGGAUUCUUGAAUACACCUCCACCAGUUUAUGCUUCCCGUCCAUUCUUGCUGCCGUUCAGACUCCCCGACGGGCAGACUGGAAAGAUUUGCUUGUAUAAACCGUCUGGCCUGUUUCACACCAACUGGCCGCCUGUCCGGGUGGAGACGGUCCGAGAGCGAGCGUGGACUAUGCAGGAGCGCUUCAUGUCCCGACGACUACUUAUCUUCCAGGAACACAUGCUCUGGGUAUGCCCUGAAUCCUUCGGCCAUCACGGAGGCCGGCUCACAGAACAAUCAUACUUCCGUCACGCGGAGCCAGCCGUCCCCGAACGCUACGGGCAAUCAGACCUGUUGGCGUACUCGGGGAUCGAGGCGACUUAUGCAAAAUGGCAUGCAAUUGUGCAAGAGUAUUCAACCAAGCUCUUGACCUGUCAUGAGGACAAGCUUCCCGCUCUGUCCAGCAUCGCGGAGGUCUUUGCGCGGUCUUUGUCGGAACAAUAUCUCGCAGGCCUCUGGCGCGGUAAUAUAAUUUCAGAUCUCCUGUGGACCGGAGUCAUACUCGGUCCCAUUGCUAGCAAGAACAAACCCUCGACGAGGCCCCCUUCCCGUCUGACCAGGCCCCGGUCAUGGCGCGCACCGUCCUGGUCGUUCGUGUCUGUCGAAGGGCAUAUCAGGUUCAGAAUUUUUCGCUCAUACUCCGACAAAGUGGCUGAACUAAUUGACUGUACUGUCAUCCCAAUAUCUGCGCAGGCCCCAUAUGGACAAGUCGAGUCGGCGGACAUCCGUCUCCAUGCCUUUCUCCUACCCGGAAGGCCCGUCAAAGCAGAGGGCAUAACUCAGUUUCACACAGAGAGUGAGCUGCGAGACUCGCCAUUAAAACCGCCUCGUCGAGUUAUUUUGGGGAACGUGUACUAUGAUAUAGCCGCGGAGAAAUCGACGGCUUGGAACUCGAAGAACGACGUUAUCGAAUCAAACUAUGGGGUCAUGCGGGACACAGAACCUCUUUGGUGCUGUCCCCUGCUUGCAUGUCGCUCGGGAACAUUCAUUGACCUCUGGGGUUUGGUCGUCGCUCGGCUUCUGAAUGGUCUAUACCACCGUGUGGGUGUCGUGCAAGGACGAUGGAUUCCUGGGGCGGAGUGGCAGUUUGUCUGUCAAACGAACCCCAGAAGAGAUGUCAGGAUCGUUUAA